UUCUUCUGUAGCAUCGCUUUCAAAAUGAUCCUACUUCUACUAUCAGCUGCGGUUUGUUUGUUCCUGUUCCAUGAACUUUACUGGAAGCGGAGAAGCCUACCACCUGGCCCAACACCGCUUCCAUUUAUGGGGAAUACUUUGGCGAUGCUCCUGGAGAAGCCGGGAUACGAGUGCUUCAGACGGUGGACUAAGCAGUUCGGAGGUGUAUACACUUUUUGGAUGGGCAACAUUCCAUAUGUGAUCAUCGGAUCCUACGACUUGCUGAAAGAAACUUUUGUUCGUGAUGGCGACACCUACAAAGACAAAUAUCCUCAACCUUUCAAUGAAAAACUUCGUGGUGGAAUGUACGGAAUCGUAGAGUCCAACGGACACAUGUGGAGCACACAUCGUAGAUUUGCCCUCUCUACGUUACGUGACUUCGGUCUUGGUAAGGAUCUGAUGCAGGAAAAAAUCCUAAUUGAAGUGGAAGAUAUAUUCCGAAAGUAUGAUGCACAACUUGGAAAAGAGCAAGACAUCCAAGUAGUUCUGAACAAUGCCAUAGCCAAUGUGAUCAAUCAGACUAUUUUCGGUUACCGGUUUGAUGAGACUAAUCAAGAAGAGUUUGAGAGAAUGAGACACUUGGUGGAGUAUCAGGAAAAGCAAUUUGCAACUGUUAAAGUCUAUGUUGAAGCUUUUGUUCCUACAAUUGGAAAAUUUCUUCCUGGAAAAUCAUUAGAUCAGUUGCUCGACGACUGGAGGAAUAGUUUCUACACAUUUUUCGAUACUCAAAUUGAAAAUCAUCGAAAGAAAAUCGAUUUUGAUUCCGAGGAAAGCCAGGAUUACGCUGAAGCCUAUCUGAAGGAGCAGAAAAAACAAGAAGCUUUAGGAGAAUUCGAGCUGUUCUCCAACACUCAAUUCUCAAAUACUUGCUUGGACCUUUGGCUGGCAGGAGUUUCCACAACUAACACUACAGUUAACUGGACAAUAUGCUAUGUUUUGAAUCAUCCUGAUGUUCUUCAAAAGAUGAAUGAAGAGUUUGACCAGGUGGUUGGAAGUGAUAGGCUGGUGACAAUGGGUGAUAAGAAUAAUCUACCUUAUUUCAAUGCCGUGCUCAAUGAGUCUCAAAGAUGUGCCAAUAUCGUGCCAAUAAAUUUGUUCCAUGCAACUACAAAGGAUACUGUAAUUAAUGGAUAUCCAGUUAAAAAGGGAACUGGAGUCAUCGCCCAGAUUAGUACAGUUAUGCUAGAUGAGAAAAUCUUCCCAGAGCCAUAUAAAUUCAACCCUGAUAGAUUCAUAGACGAGAAUGGAAAACCUAUCAAGAUCGAGCAGCUCAUCCCAUUCUCAAUCGGAAAGCGGCAAUGCCCGGGAGAAGGGCUUGCGCGGAUGGAGAUAUUCCUCUUUUUGGCGAAUUUUUUCAAUAGAUACAAGAUCUCACCGUCUUCCAAAGUAUUUCCAAAUCUGGACAAGAAGGAUAACGUUGGCGUUUUUCCAAAAGACCUACACGCCAUUUUAAACAGGAGAAAUUGCUAAUUUAUCAAGAAUGUAUAUUUUUGUAAUUCAUAUAUUGAAUAAAAUUGAAUAGAAAUUUU